AUGCGUCGUGCCUUGUGCUUGGGUGCUCUGGCCACCGCUAGUGGCAAAGUGUACUUCUCCGAGACCUUCGGUGAUGGAUGGGAGAGCCGCUGGACCUCUAGUGAGUGGAAGAAGAGCGAUGGCACGCAGGGCACGUGGAAGGCAUCAGCUGGCAAAUGGUUUAGCGAUGAGAAAGAGGAUCAGGGGAUCCAAACAGCCGAGGACUCACGUUUCUUCGGCCUGUCUGCCGGCUUUGAUUCCUUCAGCAAUGCGGGCAAGGACCUCAUCAUCCAGUAUCAGGCCAAGUACGAGAAGGACAUUGAGUGCGGAGGUGGCUAUGUCAAGGUGGGCCCCAAGCUCAGCGAUCCCACCAGCUUCGGCGAUCCCACAACCUACAACAUCAUGUUCGGCCCAGACAAGUGUGGUUAUACGAAGCGAACCCAUUUGAUCUUCAACUACAAGGGCAAGAAUGUGUUGAAGAAGUCAGACCUGGCCUACAAGCAGGAGGGUGAAGGCACCUCUCAUGUCUACAGGCUGGUGUUGAAGCCAGACAACACUGCUCGAGUAGAAAUCGAUGGUGAGAAGAUUUACGAGGGAUCUUUGAAGGAAGAUUGGGAGUUGUUGGCUCCUAAGGAGAUCAAGGAUCCUGAUGACAAGAAGCCCAGUGAUUGGGUCGACGACAGCAUGAUGGAUGACCCGGCGGACAAGAAGCCGGAGAAUUGGGUGGAGGAGAAGCGCAUUGUGGAUGCCAAUGCCAAGAAGCCAGAUGACUGGGACGAUGAGGAGGAUGGCGAAUGGGAGGCACCAAUGAUCGACAAUCCUGAGUACAAGGGUGAGUGGACGGUGAAGCGAAUCUCGAACCCAGCUUACAAAGGCAUUUGGGAGGCAAAGAAGAUUGCCAACCCUGAAUUCGUGGAUGAUGACAACCUCUACAAGUACGAUGACUUCGGCUUCAUUGGUUUUGACUUGUGGCAGGUGAAGGGCAACACAAUUUUUGAUAACAUCAUAAUUACCGACGAUGUUGCUGAGGCUGACAAGUUUGUGCAGAAAUGGAAAACACUCAGUGAGGUGGAGAAAGCGAAGAAGAAGGAGGAGGACGAUGCCAAGGCGGAGGAGGCGAAGAAAGCCGCUGAGUCGACGGAUUCCAAGGAUGACGACGACGACGAUGAUUCCGAGGACUGA